GCGCUCCCUCGUAUGCAAAUGAGCGGGCGUGCCGCGUCGGGCGCCCUCCCGCUCGCGCGGGCUCCCUCCCUCCCGUAUGCAAAUGAGCGGGCGUGAGGUCAGAGGCAGACGGGAAAGGGAAGAGGCAGAAUGGCCGCCGCGGCUCCCGCUCCUGGCGCCUCGCAGUGCCGGAGCCCCCGCUGCACGGCGGAGCGCAGGGGAGUCCGCCGCGAACUCGACUCUUGGCGGCACCGGCUCAUGCACUGUGUGGGUUUUGAAAGUAUUUUAGAAGGGCUUUAUGGACCAAGGCUACGAAGAGACCUCAGUUUAUUUGAAGACUGUGAACCAGAAGAAGUGGCUGACUGGUCUAUGGAUGAAAAAUGUUCCUUUUGUAAUUUACAUAAAGACACAGUCAGUGAUCAUACAACAAUUAUUGGUUCUUUGCAGUCAACACCUACAGAGGAACUAUCAUCUCAGGGCCAGUCCAACACUGAUAAAAUUGAGUGCCAAGCAGAGAAUUACCUAAAUGCACUCUUUCGCAAGAAAGAUCUUCCUCAGAACUGUGAUCCUAACAUUCCCUUAGUUGCUCAGGAAUUAAUGAAAAAGAUGAUCCGUCAAUUUGCAAUUGAAUACAUUUCAAAAAGUAGUAAAAUGCAAGAAAAUAGAAACGGUUCGUCAUAUGAAACAAGUCUGAUAUGUAAAGGUAUCCAAAUGAACCAAACAGAAAAUUCAUUUCAGGAAGAACAGGAUAGCCCUCUAGACCUCACUGUGAAUCGAAUACAAGAGCAGAAUACUCAGCAAGUAGGGGAUGGAGUGCUAGAUCUUUCUACAAAGAAAACAAGCUUGGAACAGUCAGCAUAUGAUGGAUCUUGUUCUGAAAAUUCUGUGUCUGGUUCAAGUGCAACAGAUGAUGCAAAAUCAGAGGAAACAUCUAAAUUGGAAAGAGGAAAUUCUGCUCUAAGCAAAGUUUUGGAAUCGUUGUGCUCUUAUCACGGGCAUCAGAUUUUAGCUAUGUUGAAAUUUUUAAUCCAAGAAUCGUGUAUCGAUUCUGUUGGCAGUUGCCAGCUGCCGCAAACUAUACAUUCAGAAGCAUCUGAAGAUGAUGUGCACAUUCCAGUCUGCAGUUGUGAUGGCAACAUGCAAAUGAAAAGGUGCUGUUUACAAAAUCAAAGACCAAAUACUUGUUUGCCACCUCUGUCAGUCUCUGUGAAAGACUUAGAUCGUUUGUCGUGCCAGUCUGUGACCGUUGGAUAUGUUAACACAGUGGUAAACAAAGGGAAUCCUGUGCCUUCUAGUCCUCCUAGGUGCUGUCUCAAACAAUUAAAGGAGUGUAAGAGCCACGCGGCAAGAACAGCACUUUGUACAAAUCUCAUUUCAGCAGGGCAAAAGAUUAACAAAGCUAGCAGAGGCCACAGCCCUUCACCACCUACAUUAUCACCUGUGGAAGCUGAUGAAUAUGAUUAUUUGGAGGAAUCACUUGAAGGAUCUCUAAAUAGACUUGAAAUGAAUCGUAAUCAGCCUCCUUCCCUGUCGCGAGCUGAAAGAAGUUGUUCUGUGUGUGAACCGAAAAAUAAAUUAUGCAUUGCGGAAGUGGCCGGUAACGUGGAUAAGACUUUUCUAAGUGCAAAUCAAGAAACUAGCCUUAUAAAUUCUGAUAAGCUUGAAAAAGUUGAAAAUGCUGCCGCCUUUCAGGACUUAAUGGAUAGAAUUAAUGAGAAAUUAAAAUCAAUCGAAACUACUGAUACAGCAAAUCUUGCAAAAUUAUCUAAGAGUGAUGGGAGAACAGAAUCUGAUCUUAAAUUACAGAGCUUCAUAACCUCUCUCUUACAUGAUGCUAAGGCAAAUGAUUAUAAUUUUAUGGAGUUGUUGAGCCAGCAUGACAAAGAAGCAGAAAAUAAAAUUAUCCAAACACGAUUUCGCAAACGGCAAGAAACCUUAUUUGCACUGCAUAAUUCCCCCGAUUCAUCACUGUUUAAAAGACAAUCGUUGCAAAUUAAGAGAGAGAUAGCCAGUCUGGAUGAAACCUUCACAAGGAAAAAGGCAAAUUCAAAGAGAAAUGUGAAAAAAAUUUACAAACCAUCGCCAAACAAAAAUGAAAAUCAUAGCACAUCAAAAGAUCAUUCUUUACAAAUUAAUGAAAAUAAAUAUCAGCUAUUUUCUCCCAUUAAAUCAAAGUCUUUGCCAAUAGGUCAAGAAGAGACAGUAGAACUACUUCUGAAUAACUCAGAGACCAAUUCUGGUUUAGUAGCAUUUUCAGAAAAUACUUCUACAGCAUCCCAAAGCAGCUUGGCUAAAAUACAUGGAAAUUGUGAACUACAUAUGGAUCCAGUCUCUGUGAAGGGAGAUGAUGAUAGGAUGUUGGACAGGACCAAACAUAAUGUUAUUCCUCCUAUGUGGUGCUCUGUGUAUGUGACAAACAAUUUUUUAUUUCAAAAAUCCUCAAACGGGAAAAAAGCUAACUGCAUGGAAAGAGAAAAAAUGCUGAAAGAUUUACAGGCCCAAACGUGCAGCAACGAAGAUAUAAAUAAGAUUGUACGAAACACAAAUCUACAUGUUGUUGUAGAGCGUUUGGAAGAUACAAUAAAUAUGGCUCAAAAGACUAAAAAGCCAUUGUUUAAUAGUUAUAAAAUAUCCAGCAAACUGAAAGAUACGCACAAGUAUGAAGCCAACAAGAAUGCUAAAAAUGGUCUUCUUAUUAGCAUGAGUGAAAGUGGAAGUACGGGACAAUAUGUACUGUCACAAGCUCAUGCUCCAUGUAGCAAUAAUAGCAAACAGGAAUGUCUGCCAACAAAAGAAGAAAAAGUGUCUGAUGAAGGAUAUAAAAGCCUUUUGAAAUCAUCAGCAUUCAAUUCAGAUACGUUGACUUACCAUAAUGAGGACUUGCAAUCAAGUUCUGAUGUGGGAGAUAAUUCUCCAGCACUAAAUUACACUAGUCCUAUAAAACUUAUGUUCCUUUCAGAGAUUAAUAGUAGCGAAGGAGUGAAAUACACACUAACCUCUGUAAAUGAUUCCGCUAAAUUAAACAUUGACCUUUAUUCUCUUCAGCGGAAAACAAGUGUGCUGGCAGAAAAACAAUUGGAAGCUGUGGAUCCUGGUAAAACUGUUUCUCUUGAAAACAGCCCUAAAAAUGAAGUAAAUUCUGUUUUUCCUUCAGUAAUUGCUCAUGAAACAAACAUUGGUGAGCGUAAGCCAAAUGAAGAUCCUGUAGAACAAAGUGGAAAUGGAUCCUCUCUGAAAAGAAAACCGGGCCGACCAAAAAAAUUAGGUCCUCAAGUUGUGAAGCAGAUUAAGCGUCCAAUUGGCCGACCGCCAAAGCCUAAGGUAGAUGCUGAAAAUGCCAAUAAUAUAAGUGAUUCCAUCAGUGCUAGGGGAAAAAGCGUGAGCUCCAAUGCAGAAGUUCUAGAGGACAGUAAUAUUAACAAGAACAUUACUGUGACAGUGGUCUUUGGAAGGUCACGAAGGACUAAGAGGUGUGUUUCUGAAAGUAGCCUAAAUGUAGUCAGUUUGGUACCAAGUCCUCACAAUCAUGUUGUAUGUGAAUCUGAUGAAGUGAAGCAGAACUCAGAAACAAGGAAUAGUUUGCCAAAAAACAGAAGUAUGCAAAACUCUAUUGAACGCAAGACCUCUGCAUCUGGCUAUGAGUAUGUUAGACCUUUAGAGAGCAGCCCAAUGCUACCAUCCCAUUGUAGCAAUAUCGUAAGACCAAAACAGAAGCCUUUAAAUAUAAUUAGAAAACCUGGUAGACCAGCAAAAGUAAAAAUAUCUGGCAUAUCAGUGACUGUUAACCAGAUUUCAUCUCAGGAAAGAAUAGUGAGUAUUAGCAGUUGCCUGCCUCCUUUAGAACAAGAGACUGUGUUAGAAAAAUAUGGGUCUCCUAAGAAGGUUGAUCAACAAUGCAAUAAGUUGGAUGUUUCAAAAAGCUAUUGGAAUGAUAAAAGUAAGGAUUUUUCAGACGAAAUUAUUACAGUAGCACCAAGUAAACCUGAAAUCCCUUUGAGACAAUCUCUUAGAGAUAGAAGACCAUCGCUGCCUUUCUUACAGUCCUUAGCAUCCUCUAACUCACUGUCUUGUAGACGUGCCUUUCUACACAAAUCCUAUAAGCUCUGUUUGAAAAAUGCUAAGAAUCAAAAAAUAAAACAUUCAAACAUGGCACCCAAAGAUACCUCAGGAAAUAAGGCCCCAGAAAAAGCAAAAAAAAGUUCAGAGAAUAAUAAGUUUAGAUUUGUUAAUGAAAUGUCGUCAGAUCCCACCAUUUCAUCAAAUUCUUCCCUCAGAUGGUGGGAUCCUUCCAUUUCUAAUGAUUCCUUGUUAAAAGAACUAAAUAGUAGAUAUGAACAGAUAACAAAUACUUGGUUGCACGUGAACGGAGAAGAAUUUGAAAAAUGCCUCUAUGAUGAGCGGUGUCAUAUUGAACAAGACUAUAGCAUUAAAGUAUCAAAGCCUUUGGACUCCUGCGUGUUACAGCUUGAAAACUCUCCUAUAAAAAUGCUUUUCCAGAAAAAGUGUAAUAUAGAUGAACUGUGCACAUGGUUUAUGCAAACUACGGAAACACAGUCACUGGCGUUAGUGAGAAAGGCGAAUGCUCGCAAUCCUGUUGAAGUAAUCAGUACCCGGCAAUUUAAAAUUGGAACAAGACAAUGCGAUUGUAAUACUAGUCCUUUGAGAAAGCACUUUAAAAAAUUUGCACUAUCCACGCCAUCGAACUCUGUGGGAAAGAUUCAAAUCCUCCAUAAAAUAGUCAGGUCUCGAGUCUUAAAGAGGAAACGUAACUUCACUUUAGCGAAAUUAAGAAGAACCAAAUUUGAGAAUUUACAGCACGAUCGGUGGAGACAGGUGAAAAAGCUGUACAAUCAUGGAACAAGUGACUGGAAAUCGAAAAAGCAGCAUUUGCGAUUCUUCUGCCAAAGCCAGCGUUUUGCUAACACAAGUCAGGAAAUUAACAACAAAACGAGCACAAGCCACGAGAAUGGUACAGUAGACACUAAAUCGCCCGCAAUUCUUGUAGACUCUCCGAGAAUCACUUCAACUGGAAAUGAAACCACAGGUGCAUUUUAUCAACAGAAAACACAAUUGACAGACCUCAGCACAAAGCCUGGCUUGACAAAUAAUUGUAGACCAAGCGCACAAUCCGUAGAUCACAACCAAAAAAAUAUUGGGAAAGCACAUGCCUUUGGUGAAGAUGACUGGAAAGACAAAACCUUUAAGGAUUGUAGAAUAUUUUUGAAGAAAAUCAACCCGGCUGAAGAGCAGCAUUCUUUCAGUAGCACUGUUGUUUGCACUCCAGAGUCUGUAGAUCGUAGUGCCAGUCGCGGCUACUUUCAGGGGGAAAGGCACUGUACUUUAAGGUCCCAUUCUGCUAAGCAGAGAACGUCUGACAGAUGUGAAAAGGAUGCUGAGGAAGCUAAGAAUUUCAGCUUGGUUAAAGACCUGCAUAUUGAGCAAGACUGCAAGAAACCAAGCAAGCGUGUCACUUUUGAAGAUGGUCCUGCCGAGGUCCCUAAGAAAACAAUCAAGAGGAGGAGGACACAGUACAAGCUCAACAACCUGAAUAUCAGAGAAAGGAAUACGAGGCAAUUAUGCAGCACUGGCCAAGUAUCAAGUUGUUACUCAAAGUACCAACUGGCUCUACAAUAUUCUUUUAGAGAUGCAGCUGCCAGAACUAUAUCCAGUAUUUUGAAGGACCUCUUAAACCUGUUGGACUGCCUUUGCUGGGAGGAUUUGCAAGCAGAGCUGUUGAAUACUCCAUGAUCCCAUUUCAGUUGCCUCUUCAUGGAAGCUCCCAAGUCUAACAGCAAAACCCAUGAAUCGUCAAGAUGAGUCCAUCUGUCUUGUAGUCCCUGAUAAGCAUGCAAUACUGUGAAUGAUUGUAAAAACUGAGCAAGCCAUUGCUGUAAUAACUAAGCAAAACUGCUUUAAAGAGCUAGACACUACCUUUCUGGGGGCUGUUUGGGUUGCUGCCUGGGGUAAGAGCUUCUUCUGAUGGUCAGGCAUAGUCUUCACGGAAAGUGGCCUGGGGGACUGUGCCUAUUCGUAAGCUUCUUAUGACUGACUUCUGAACAUGCAUGCCAAAAUCUCUUUAAAAUGGUUAGCCAUUCGGUCGUGGUGCCCAGAAGUUGCAUGCUGGGCAACUGGCUUCCUAAAAUUCCACCCCACCCCCCAAUGCAGAGUAAAAUUGCAUUGCUGUGUUUUUAUGUGACAUUUUGUGUGUAUCUUAAGACGUAUGCGUGGUGUUUUUCCCCCAAAAGACCUUUGGAAGCAACCCUGCCGAAAAUAGCUUCAGAAACCUCUCUCUGACGAAGUUGAGAUUGCUGUAAUGAGCCCAAUUUUUAUGUAUAUUUUUUCUUGGUGUUAAAAUUAGCUUUUUUUUGUCUGCAGAGCUUCCUUAAAAUUGUCCCUUUGGCAGACAACUUGGUUGACAAGUUGUUUGGUUGGUAAGGGAUCUUUACUGGAUACUUGGACUUCUGCACUGUUACCUCACCUGAGACAGACUAGCGGGAAUGUAACUGUGGAAGCUAUGGACUUUAACUAGAUGUCAUGUAGAGGACUGGGGUUAGCAUUGUUGUGUCCUUAUUUACCUUAGGGUCGAAAGGGUUUCCCCCAAUCUCUGACCCAAUCCAGCUCAUUAAGCUGGACUCAGGUGAGCAUCAUAAUAGGUGCACACCUGCAUUGGCCUUGCUAGUAGACGCUUGCUUCCCUGCACAGAUUCCCCCAGCCCAGGACUACAUACUGAGUGCAGAGGGAACUGGGAGUGACUUGAAACGGUUUUGUUCUCGAUCAGGACUGAGGCUACCCCGCGGUGAUGAAGUUUGUGUAGCUUGAAAUGUGUAGGGUCCCUAGAUAUUAUUCCAGUAAGAAAUCUACCUCUGCACCGAGCUGUCGAUUAUUUUCAUGUACUUUUGAUGGAUUUCAAAAGUCUCCAGGUUCAUAGCUUUGGGGGGGGGGAGUUCUGUAGAUUCAGUGGGGGGAAAAGAUAUACUUCCAUGGAGGCUAAACUAUUUUCCUCUCUCACCCCUCCCCAGAGCUAGACCUGCCAGGCUUUCAUCAAGCAGAACAGACAAUCAUGUAUAGCUUGGUUCAUAUUGUAGUCUGCAGCUCUGCUCUUUCUUCGCAGUCUGAGGUAUCUGCAUGGAAGCACCAAGAAACAGUGUAGCAAGGAGUUUGUGCACAUGUAUAUUACUUGGAUGGUGUUUCUUUAGUACUUGAGCAUCGCAGUUUAUGGUUUAGCUUUGCCUGAUAAACUGAUUAUAAGUUCAGAUUUCGGGGGGGGGGAGGGGACGUUCAAUCCAACAUUGUAUAAUCGCAGUAGGCAUUUCUUUUUAAAAAAAAUAAUAAUAAUCAUGUGUUUCAGCUACUCAUCUUGCAGAUUAUAUUUUAAAUAAAUGUAUAAAAAUGCCAGAACAUUUUAACAUUUUAUAAUGAUUCAACCUGAGUAGAAUUAGGAUUGUUAGAUUUGGCAAGAGUAACUAUAGGGUUAGUCCAUCACAGGCUGCUUUUUACAGUAUCUGUUUCCGCAGAGUUAUGUAAACCUUUGCACUAGAAGGUAUAGUUAUGCCAUCUAUAGUGAAAAGGGCACUUAUAUACCUUUUGAGAGUUGUCGGUCCCAUUGUGUCUUUGCCCUGGUAUUUCUGCUCAGACGGCCCAAGUUAUAAAUCUUCAAGUACAGUAACGUUCACCAAUUACAUUAUUUCCCUCACCAGCCCAAUGGGGAGGAGGAAAUUCUUUUCCCCCAGCAGAGGUUGAUGGAGGGAUUCCAUGAGCAGAGUAUGCACAGAUCCCUGAAUGUGCAUGGCUGAUAAAUAUAGGGGACAUCAUUCCCCCAAAGCAGCCAUUUGAUACAGUAGAAUGGUCUGCACAGUGCACACAGAAACCUGUCCACAAAUUAUCCUCUUCAGGACUAUGCCUUCUUUUUUAGAAGUCAGGUACUGCCUAAGAUAGAGGAAGAUCUAGCUCAUAUUUACAGACCAGGAUGCACAUGCUUAUAUAUAGGCUCUAGAAGAAUGCAGAGUAAAUCAUUGGGUGGAAUGCAGUUAAUUUACUCAGUGUAGUCCUAUGGAAAUGAAAGGAUGUGGCUAACUUAGGUCACUUAAUUUCACUGGAUCUUCUCAAGAGUAAAAUGAAGUUGGAUAACACCCUAUGCAUUUGGCCAUGCAAGAGCUUAAAGUGGCCUACAAGGAUGCAUUAAAAGCACAAAGCUCAAAUAUAGAGUAAUACAUAUGUUUGGAGAUUAGUAAUACAGCUUGCACUUAUGUAUUUUUGUAAAUAAGCUGAUUUGGCCAUAAAGGGAUUCUUGCUUUCCAUGGGAUCUUAUUAUUAUUGGAUUGUCAUGAAUGUUAAUUAGAGCAGGAUAUUAUGCAGUUACAAACCAUGGCUUUCUGGGUCUUGGUGUUGGCAACUACGCUCUGAAUUAUUAUUAUUAUUAUUAUUAUUAUUA